GUAUUGUGUCUGCGAGUGGGGAGAAAGAGAGGAAUGCCUGAAGUGAUUGCUUUACUUCCUGGGACCACUUUCAAAACAAGCAGCGGGAUGGAGGUCAGCGUCGAGGCCAAGAGGAUCAUGGUGGUGGCUUUGGGGAAACUGUACAGCUCGCGCGCGCAGCGCGGGGGCCUCCGGCUGCACCGCAGCCUCCUCUUGACUCUUGUCAUGAAAUCCGCUCGGGACAUUUACCACGCGGCGCAGACGUCGACUGAAAACAUGGAGGAGGAGCAGGGAGAACCGCGGCCCUCUGAGGCUGAGGUCACCACAGACUCUAGCGGCUCCCAGGAGCUCCAGGGUCCCGCGUCUCCUCCUCACCUGGCCGCCGAAUGGGAGGAGCAGAGCGGCGGGAAAAAUGAGGAGAACAUCUCAAGCGGACCUCCGCAACACACGCGGAAAAGACGAGGCAGAGCAACCGCUGAACCAGACUUCCUGCCCUGUAAGAAAGCAAAGCUGGAGUAUGGCACCGCUGUUAUUGUCAGCUCCGUUCUGGUGGACUAUACAAACUGUAGCAGUGAGCUGGGCUCUUCUCCCAUCCCCCUACAGACCGUCAUAGCGGCGUGUUGAACACAUAAGAGGGUUUGUUUUGAAACUUUUCUACUGGGAGAUGUGAAAGCUCACUAUAGGUGCGCCUGCUCCAGUUUCACGGCUCGGAAAGCGUGAGCCUGCAGGGGAUCCGGCCAGCUUUGGGCUUUGCUCCAUCCAGAUUGGAGCGCUGCGCUUCCUGUUACUCUCUGCUUCAUAGUGACUCCAGCUGAAAACAGGCGGAACUCCACAAAGUCACAAGGAUUGAGGCGAUUGCUGCCGUUCAUGGACUUAUGAAAACAUCCCAACUCUGUUGCUGCUUCCAAACAGCAAACCUAAUGUGAACUUGUUAAUGUCUGCAUGACGUAACAGAAGAAAUGUGAUCAAGUGUAACAUUGUCAUUGAAUACAACUACCUCAGUAUUUAU